AUGCAAGGCAACGACUUGGGUCAUAAGUUGGUUAAAUCGGCUGUCGUGAUUGCGAGAGGGGGAGGCAACUACAACCCGAGGGAGGGCGCGGGCUCUAAAACAGGUCGCAAGGCACGUGUUGCUUUUUUUGGGGUGGAUUUGGUUCCUGGUAUUUAUCUUCUUCCUAAGUCGUCAUGCAAGUGGUGCAUCUUCUUGCACUGA